AUCUCUCCCUGCGGCGGAGUGCAAGUCAGGACUGCGUGAUGAUAACGUGGUUGUGAAAUGUGUGGAAGAAUUAUGUGUAAUUCUACUGCAGCAUUUAAAAACACAAAAAUAACAGCUAUCCACAGUGUGCUGCAUAUUAUGAUGAUUAUGUUUACAACCAUUGCACCGUUAUUUGUGUGUAAUUUAGUGGCAUGGCUAAAUCAGUUCCCCCCUGUACUCUGGACUGAAUUAUUCCCACGCCUGUCUAGCUGCAUUCAAUAAACAAACGCACCUGCUCCUUCUCCACUGCGCGCUCCCUGUAGCCGCGGGACCGCGCACACCUUGCGGUCGCCAUGGCUGCGUCGCCUAUCACAGUUGGAGAGAUUAAAUGCCCAUCAUUGGUUCAUCCGGGUCGCCUUAAACGCAGCUCUUAAACUCUCUCCUCCAUGACCCCGAGUCACCUGGGAGUUUAGCGGCGUCGAUAGGGAACUGGCGGAGACAAACUAAGCUGUAGGAUCUUCUUGUUUCCAACUUAUCCACGUCCGGUCUCCGGCAUGCCCCGCGAACAGGCGCCCGACUCACCCGAUGGGCUCAUCCGCCAAGAUGAACGUCCUCAUACACUUCAGAAGUUGUUCCAGAGAAGUGUGAGCGGUGCGCUUGCGUUUAACUUGACGAUGAUCUCCACAACCUGCAAAGGAAAGCGAGCCGGGCUCUGAGGAUCAUCCCGGGGAGGGAGAGGCGAGAUGUUUGUUCCUUCUGCAUUACUGGGGGAAGAUUGACCACGCCGCCGCCAUGCCGUAGACAUGAAGCCUGACGGGGACCGCAGCUGGGAGGAAGCGUGGUGGCUAUAACUGAGGGAGGGGAGGAUGUACUGGGCUGCUGGCUUCGCCUCUUCCCGGCCGUGUGUGGUCGAUCUCGGGCGGAAUCACAGCCUGCCGCUCGGGCUGUGCGUCUCCGAGCAGCAGCAGUCCUUGUAUGGCUAUAUCAUCACCUUUCCUUUGCAGGACUACGGGGGCAUCAUGUCGGUUCUGGGCUCGGAGUCCUGGUGGAAGAAGACCCUGUACAUCACCGGGGGGGCCCUGCUUGCUGCUGCAGCCUACCUACUGCAUGAGCUUCUCGCCAUCAGGAAGGAGCAGGAGCUGGACUCCAAAGAUGCUAUAAUCCUUCAUCAGUUCUCCAGGCCAAAGAACGGUGUGCCCAGCCUCUCACCCUUCUGCCUCAAAAUAGAGACCUACCUGCGCAUGGUGGACCUUCCCUACCAGAACUACUUUGAUGGGAGGCUGUCACCGCAGGGGAAGAUGCCCUGGAUCGAGUACAACCACGAGCAGGCGUCGGGGUCCGAGUUCAUUGUGGACUUCCUGGAGGAGAAGCUGGGGGUGAACCUCAAUAAGAACCUCACACCGCAGGAGAGAGCCGUGUCCCGAGCCGUCACCAAAAUGGUUGAGGAACACCUCUACUGGACGAUAGCCUACUGCCAGUGGGUAGACAACCUGGAGGAAACUCAGAAGCUCCUGUCGAUGAGCGGUCCUCUGAGCGACACGCUGAAGUGGCUGCUGGGCCACCUGAACGGCAGCAUGGUGCGCAGGGAGAUGUACGGCCACGGCAUCGGACGCUUCUCUAAGGAGGAGGUCUACACGCUGAUGGAGAAGGACAUGAGGACGCUGGCCACUCUGCUGGGAGAUAAGAAGUACUUCAUGGGCUCUAAGAUGUCAACAUUAGAUGCUACAGUGUUUGGGCAUCUUGCUCAGGCUAUGUGGACUCUACCUGGAACACGACCAGAGCAGCUCAUUAAAGGAGAGCUGAUCAACCUGGCCAUGUUCUGCGAGCGGAUGCGGAGGAGGUUCUGGCCCGAGUGGUUUGUGGAGGUGGAGGAUCUUUACUAUGAAGGCGACAGUGAGAGCAGCGGCGGCUCUCCUACAGGCCAGCUGGACUUUGGCCUCUUCUCCAGGACAGACACUCUGGAUGACAGCGACGGCAGCAGCCACUCAGCCGGACACUCGCACUCCCCCGACUCCGACCACUCGCUCUUUGACUCGGACGUGGGCACGGGGUCCGACAAUGACACUCACCUGAAAGAGGAGUUAAUGCCAGACCUGGAAGUUUGACCUGCAAUUGACUGAUGGAUUGACACUAACAGGAGGCUGGAUCAGUCAGCGCUUCAGGCUGCUGUUUGGUUAUGCUUAUUAAAUCUGGCUGGGACAACCUGUCCAGACAACAGCUCGCACAGCUGAAGAAACUAUUCCAGCUCCUCCACCUGCAAUACCCAGCAUGUUACAACUCCCCAAUGGACCGACUGGGUGUUCAUAUGCAGAGGAGGCAAACUGAACCUCUUAACAAUAAACAUGCUACUGUACGGUGUGUCCCCUCCCGUAACGUCACAACUGUCCCCGCGGCAGUUCCUCUUUGCCUUAUUCGUCUCGUCGUAAGAUACAGUAUCUGGAUCUGGUGUGAAAGGUUAACGCAAAGGAAACAUCUCAUGCAAAUGCGGCAACGACAGAAGGUUGUUGCAGACAAGACAGGUGGCACGUCACUUGCUAUGAAAUGAUGCAACUAAUCACCACUCUGCCAUGUUUCAUAACGCACAAACUCCUUCAAACAGGUGGAGAAAAAUCCUGUGGCGAAAAAGGAACAGCUGCUGUGUCUCUGCCAUUAACCAUCCGUGUUCUGAAGAGUAAACACAGAUGACAUUGAGUCCAUGCCCGAGAUUGAUCCUCAUAUCACUUCCUUCAUGAAAAUAUGUGGAAGAAAUCUAUAUCAAAACAAUGCUACAACUGUAAAUCCACUUGUUGGCCCGUUGAAAAGGAUAUCAGAAGUAGAUGAGCAGAUCUGUGCCUGUGUAAUUCGCUUGUUAUGAUAUUUAUUUUAUUUCCAGUAAUUAAUUAUCCGCUUGCACUUUGUUGAUGUUGAGCCUGGAGUUGUCAGUGAUUCCUUUUCUGCAUCGUUUUUGGUCUUAUUCUGAGUUGCAGCUUAACAAUAUGACCGCUAGGGGGAGUUAGCAGUCAACCUGAUGGCUUCUCCAUUCUGCAACAUCAAGGUCAUUCCAGCCUCAGCACCUGCAGAUAAUUCAACACAACAAGUUUUUGCUACUUCAUCAUUCCUAAGCUUCAACACAGCAGUUCCCAUUCUUAGGCGACCUGUCAGUGUGUGUAGGUGUGAUGUGCGAGUUAAUGCGUACUUGCAUACUGCAGCAAAUCAGCCUUAGUGCUCGGAACUAAAAAAUAAACAAAUAAAAAAAUAUGUGAAACUAUUCUGCAACAGGUUCGUUGUGAUAUAGAUUAUUAUCAGUGCCACUUUGUUAUUAUUUCUGUAUGAAUUUAAUUGUGAAAUAUAUAUAUAUUUUUGCUUAACUUAUUGUUUUUUAUUGUUUUCUCUCAAAGAGAGAUAUCAGUUUGCACUAGUGGAAUUUUUCUUUCACCUUAUUUCAGUGGGAUAAAUCUGCUGCGAAGGCACCGAAUAGGCCAUAUGAAUGGGAAACAUAAUGCAGGAAGCUGAGUGUUUUGAUAUUGAUUUUAAUGUGAGGGGACUGAGCUGCUUGUGAUAGCUGCGUGUCAUGUGAAUGUUACUGGGUGUGAAUGUCCUCAGUGAAGCCGUUGAUGAAAAAGUCUUUGCAGACUGAGUCAGAAUACCAAAUAAUACUGAACCGAGUAUCGGCAGAUACAAAAAAACUGGAGUAAACAAACAUGGACCAAAUCAUGUGGGGAAAUGUUCACUUUUGUCAUUUUAAGCUUAGUAAAAACAAACAAAGCAAAAAAAA